GCAGUGGCUUCCUACAAUGAUCAUGGAAGGAACAUGAUGAUAUACCAUGAUGCUACAAUCCUCUUGUUAGCGAGUUUUCUGGGACUGCCCUUACUAGCGUUAGAUAAUAAAUGUCCAAAUUUGGCCGCCAACCCAAGCUGUCCAUGUUAUAAUUUUGAAGACGGAAUUUUCCUGGAGUGUCCAUCGGCUACUAUUAGUUCAUUGCAAGCGGUACUACAGGAAAUCUCAAGUCCCAUACAAUCGCUAAGUGUUUACGAUCUGGAUAAAUCAAUUACGCAACUUUCAGCUGACAUAUUUCCGGAAGGCGUCUUCAUCAAGCAUCUACAAAUAUCUCAGUCCAAUUUAAAAGAGCUUCACGACGAUUGCUUUUAUAUUCUGAAGCCCGAAUUGGAAAGUAUCGGUCUGGUGUCUGGAAAGUUAAAGGAAAUUCCACAAAAAGCAUUUACCGGUCUAAUUAAACUAAUUGCUUUAGAAUUGGAGUCUAAUGAAAUAACCGACUUGCCAAGUUACAGCUUUUACGGACUUCAUUUGAUUAAGCUCAAUUUGAAAGCAAAUCAAAUACAAAAAAUAUCGGAGUACGCUUUUGCCGGUCUCGAGGACUGUUUAGCCGAAUUAGAUAUGGGAGAUAAUAAACUCGCCAGUUUCCCUAUAACGUCAUUAAGACGUUUGAAGCGGCUGAAAAUAUUGCGUUUAGCUUGGAAUGAGAUCAAUUCAAUACCGAACGAUGGGUAUUCGAGGCUCGACUCUCUAUUGUUUUUGGAUUUGAGCUCUAAUAAUUUCGAAAGUCUCGCGGAAGAUUGUUUUCAAACAACUCCUUCGGUUCGAACUUUAUCUCUGUAUUACAAUUCAAUCGAAAAAAUACACGCGAGUGCAUUUUUAUCUUUAAAAAACCUGGAAUCCAUAGAUUUGAGUCACAACAGAAUUGUAUUUCUGCAUCGCAAUUCUUUUCAGACAAACAAGAGACUCGUAUCUAUCGAUCUAAGCCACAAUCAUUUACAUUACAUCAACGGAUUAUUCUUAAUGCUUCCCGAUUUAAGCGAGCUAUUCCUAUCGGAAAAUAAUAUAUUGGAAAUCCCUCCAGACGCGUUCACGGACUCUGUCAAUAUUUCCAUAAUCUAUUUGCAACAAAACGCAAUUCGUCAUAUCGACGGAGAGGCGUUGAGGACGUUACAUAAUUUGACCCAAUUACACCUUAGUUCAAACUUCAUAUCGCGCAUCCCUAAGGAGCUUUUGCAGAACAGCUAUAAUAUUAGAUCUUUAAGUUUAGAUAACAACCUAAUAAUGAAUUUAGAAUCUGGAACAUUCAAUAAGGCGUCUAAUUUACGAGAAAUCCGAUUACACAACAAUCGAAUACAAAACAUAGAGCGCGAUGUCUUCUAUCCUCUUCCGUCUCUUUUAGAAUUACACUUGCAGAACAACCUUAUAACGUCAAUUGAACCCGGAGCGUUCCAUAGUUUGCAAAGUUUGGAACACGUAAAUUUGCAGGAGAAUAAGUUGUCUGAAUUAGAAGACGUAUUUUUGCACGAAUCUUCAUCGCUGUUAUCGAUUCGUCUUGAUUCUAAUCAUCUUACAUUGUUACAUAACGAUUCUCUGCACGAACAGUUUAGCAUACAAAUCAUUUGGUUGGGAAACAAUAAGCUUACUAAAUUAGAUAAAUCACUAUUUCGAGAUCUCCAUUUAAUUCAGCGCGUCUACUUCAGAAAUAAUAGCAUAAAUUAUAUUGAAGACAGAUCUUUCCAGUCGAUGCAAACGCUAAAGUAUUUAGAUCUUAGUUUGAAUAAAGUUACUCAUGUUCGUGCUCUAACUUUUGCAGAGCUUCACAACCUCGAAGAGCUUUACAUGUCACAGAAUGAAGUGCAAGUUAUAGAGCAUCGCGCGUUUAAUAAUUUAAAAAGGUUAAGGGUCCUUGAUUUGUCCCACAAUCUUAUGAUGGUGCUUCAUGACGCAAUGUUCCAGGAGAGAUUGCCAAUCCGAUUUCUCAACCUUAUGAAUUGCUCAAUUACAAAAAUUGAAUCUGGUGCCUUUAGAGGAUUAAACAACCUCAACGAAUUAGAUUUAGCGAACAAUAAAUUGAAAUCGGCCGAUCUGAAACAUUUGGACAUUCCCGGUUUGAGAGUACUAAAGAUUUCGCAUAACAAUUUUAGCGACAUUUCCGGCUCUGUACUUUACGGAUUACCUUCCUUGCAAACCAUUUCCAUAGAAUUCUGUCAGAUGCACACUUUACCCGAAAACAUAUUUUCUAAAAAUAAGAACUUGCAGAAAAUCGACUUGAGCGGAAAUUUAUUAGAAAAUUUACGCCACGGUGUAUUCGUCUCUUUGAGCAAUUUAAAGGAACUAAAGCUAUGCGAUAACGAUUUUGUUGACGUUCCAUAUCGGGCUCUUCUAAAUUUGUCCACGCUGGAAACACUCUCCUUAGCCACCAACAAAAUCCAUUCCUUAGAAAUAUCUCGCUUAAACGGUCUUCCAAAUUUAAAAGAGUUAGAUCUUAAAAACAAUAAAUUAUCGUCAGUUUCGGGAUUUACCGUAACCAAUUUAACACAACUAAUAUCAGUAGAUUUAAGCUCAAAUUCCCUGCGUGUUUUACCUGCCAAUUUUUUUAUCUAUUCGCAUUUAUUGCGACAAGUUGAUCUGUCUUUUAACAAUUUCCGACAAAUUCCGAGUUUAUCGUUAUCAGAAGCUACAUUAUCUGGUCUCCGCUGGCUGAACUUAAUUGGAAAUCCGCUCGUAAAGAUCCACGACGUUUCAUCAUCUCACAAAUAUCCCGCUUUAGAAGAAAUUCAUAUAAGUCAAACAAAUCUCAGCAUUAUAACCAGCACGGACUUCGAGUCGUUCCCAGCUCUGCUCUAUUUAUUUAUUAGAGAGAAUAAAAUUUCCCGUAUCUCUCCCGGAGCAUUUUCAAGCUUAGUUCAUCUGCUGACAUUGGAUCUGGGCAUAAAUGAGCUAGAAUUGCUCCCACAAGAAAGAUUACACGGACUCUUCUAUUUACGAACCCUUAAUUUAACGUACAAUAAAUUGAAAGAACUAGAAGAAUUUCCUUCGGAUUUAAAAUCGUUGCAAGUAAUAGACAUAUCAUAUAAUCAAAUAAAGAAAAUAAAUAAGACUACGUUUCAACAUUUAGACAAUCUCGCUGAAUUGUACUUAUACGGAAAUUGGAUUAGUUCAAUUUCUACCGACUCAUUUAAAUCCUUAAAAAAGCUCAGGAUUCUCGAUUUGAGCAGAAAUUACUUGGAAAACAUCCCGCUACAUGCGUUCCGAUCGCUGGAAACUCAAAUACGUAGUCUGAAAACGGAAGAGAAUCCCAUCUCGUGCAGCUGCGAUUCACAGGAGCUGUGGGAGUGGUUACAGGAGCACCAAAAAUUAAUUGAGGAAACGGGAAGGCGCAAACUGCAAUGCGAGCAUCCCCCCGAAUUACGUGGCCGAAUUUUUCUUGAUUUAAAUCCGAAUCAAUUUUGCGAUCAACCGCUUGUUGUAAAGAUAGCGGUGCAAGAUAUUCAGCCGUAUUCUAUGGUGGUAUCGUGGCAGAGUCGAAAUCAUUCCGGUCUUCAUGGGUAUCACAUAACAUAUCACGCAGUUCACAAGCUAGGGGAGAUUCGCGGCAAAAUUAUGGAUCGGUUUUCGCGAUCAGUCAAGCUUCUCACGUUGUUUCCAGGCACUAGAUAUUUGAUAUGCGUUAUUGCGCUAGGCAAUUGGGUUAAUCAAAGAGACGAGAUCAGUCGAGUUGGUAUAUUCCCAAAGGUCGAGACGGGGAUUGAUGAUUGGGUAACCCUGAGUGAUGCAGUUCUUCCUUAUUUAAUCGAUACGAGAGUGAGCAAGUGCGAGGAGGUGGCUACCUUGGAUAUAUCUGGAAAUUUGCACGGCGGGUUUGGUGGAUUGCCUGAUCAAGGAUUUGAAGUGCAGUCGAUCCUUACGCGAAGACUGGGACUUAUAAUUGGAUGCUGCAUGGGUAUUGCCGUAUUUAUCGGUUUGGUGUCGGUUUUGGGGUAUUUAAAAAUCCAAAAGCAACGAAAUGCCGUUAAAAGGGAUCAACGUGUACCUCCGGAGUAUCUUUCUUACCGGCACUUUUCGAUUCAAAGCGCCGAUACUAGUGGCCAAUGUGAACAUCCACAGUUUAUAACGAACAUGAAUACAACAUCAUUUACUUCAUAGUUUAAAUUAAAUGACGUCGACGUCACCGGUAAUUGUACAAUACAAAUUAAUGUUAGAGAAAUUAAUAUUAACGUACCGUGAAAAUUAAUGAUGUUAAUUAUUUUAUAGAACAAAUAGAAACCGAAAAAAGAUUAGUACACAAAGUGUUUCAACGUAUUAAUAGUGUUGUUAAAUAGAUAUAUUAUUUAUAAGUCGGGAAGUAUUAUGAGUUUAUCUACACUUGAAAGUUCCAUCAAUCCGUCAAAUUUUAGCAAUAAAUACAUAGUUUGGUUUAGGAAAUGCUUCAUACGAUUUGUUUGUAUAUAAUAAAUAAUAGUGUUAUUAUUGAUGUAGAUAUUCUAUUUUCUUGUGUUGCAAAAUUGAAAAGCGAAUGAUAUUGUUUUGUUAUUUCAGUGUAAUUAUUAAAAUGUGUUAUUCUUA